AUGAAGGAGUUUUCUGAUUUCAUUGAAGACAUGAAUCUAAUAGACCUACAACUACAGGAUGCAACUUACACUUGGUUUAAAGGAUAUAAUCAAGAGAUAGCUUCUAGAAUUGAUAGGAUCUUAAUCUCAGAAGAAUUUGAUGACAGCUUUAGCAACUUGAAGCAGUUCCCCCUUCAAAGAUUGAUAUCAGAUCACAUUCCAGUUGCUUUACAAAGGGGCAAACCAGAUUACAUACUAGCAUGUAAACUAAAAGCUCUAAAAUCUAAGCUCAAGAUUUGGAGUAGAAGUGAGAGUGGAAAUUUGGGUUCCCAAAGAAGAAGUUUGCUAGGGCAAAUGGCUCAAUUAGAUGCAGUACUAGAAGAAAGAGUGUCGACAGAAGAGGAAUCAGUCAAGAAGGAAACAUUGCUUGUGGAGUAUGAGGAGUUGAUCAAGAAUGAAGAAAUAACAUGCAGACAGAAAUCAAGGUCUUUUUGGUUAAAAGAAGGGGACAAGAACACUAAGUUCUUUCAUAAAAUGGCAAAUGCACACAAAAGAUAUAACAAUAUUGACCAGCUUGUGAUUCAGGAAGAAACAAUUGAGGAGCCAGCUAGAAUUGAAGAAGAGAUCAUAGACUUCUAUCAAAAGCUACAUACAGAGAACACAUAUUGGAGGCCUGCUUGUAAUUUCACAAAUUGUCCUAUAAUAACAGAGGAGGAAACGGAGGUUCUACAGGGCAGAUUUAAAGAAAGUGAGAGAAUGAAAGGUGUGAUUGAAAAACUUGUGGACUCUCAGCAGAUGGCUUUCAUUAAAGGUAGACAAAUCAUGGAUGCUGUCUUGGUUGCUAGAUGUUGUCCUGGUUGCUAA